UAUUAUUUAUUUAAGAAAAAGUUAUUCCACUAAUAUUAAAUUCAUUUAUAAACAAUUAUUUAUAUUGUUGAUUUACGCAUAUUCUUUUUGUUAUUUUUCAGUUUAUUAUCUUUGAAUACAGAGCUGCUAGACUUUCUGGCUUUAUCAAAGUUAACUAACAAAUGGAAGAAAAGUGGUAUUAUACAGAAAACAAUGGCAGUGGAGAUAACCGUCAAAAUACUCAAAGGCGGAGUGAUUCAGUUUCUAGUUCAUCAAGGCGCAUCCACCGAGCUCUUGAAAAACUGGUAUCUAAUUCAGCGGUCUCUCUGGAUCUAAGUCGAAAAGAUCUACAACAUCUUACUGCAGAAAUGUAUAGAUUAUUUAACCUUAGAUAUUUACAUCUGGAAGGAAAUUCCCUUUGUGUAAUUCCUGAAGAUUUUUUUCAGAGUCUGUCAAAUCUUACUUGGCUAGAUCUGCGCUAUAAUAAGUUGAAAGAGCUUCCUUCUGGGAUUGGAUGCCACAAGCAGCUGAAAACUCUCCUGUUAGAGAGAAAUCCUAUUAAAAGGCUACCAGUGGAGCUUGGCAACGUAGCUUCCCUGACAGCCUUAAAUCUCAGGCAUUGCCCUCUGGAGUUCCCCCCCCUUGAAGUGAUACAGAAGGGCCUGUCGUGCAUUUUAUGCUUCCUCCGAAAGAACCGUCAUCAAAAUGUUGAGUAUGCCGAGUCUGUUUCUCCAGAAAUGCCUCCUGUUGAAAAAUUAAAUUUGGCAGACAUCAUGAAAUCCAGUUUGGAUUUGUCCGACGGAUGGCCCAAUGAGGAGGAGAUGAUACGAUUUAAGAAGCUACGGGAUGAACUUAUCCAAGAUGAAAGACAAGAUUAUCCUGAAGACAAAAUAUCAAGCAAUGAAUCUCUGCUUACAUUAAGGAGAACCAGGACAAAGGAAAGCCUUUCUCGCAAAUCAUCCAUACUUUCAUCAAGGGAUAAAAAGAAUCUGUUUCCUGCUGCUUCAUCAUAUGAUUUCAUAAUCCAGAGUAAGAUGGCAGAGGAGUGCAGAUUGGCAGCAUUAAAAGAAAUGAGGGGAAAACAAGCUUUAAUUGAGCAGCGGAGAAAAGAUAAAGAAGUUCUUCAGAAAUGGAGAAAACAGUCCAGAAAGAUAAGAGAAAAGAAAGGAAUAUAUACAUAUUCACCCCAAAAAGGAAAUACAAUGGUAUCCCAAAACGCACCUUAUGCUACCGAUAAUAUUAAGAGCAAUGACAAGCUGGACAGUUGGCGAGAACCAUCUGACCUGGAUGAGCGCAUAGAAACAGCGCAAAAUAUAAAUGCAAUAAGAGCCACUGAUACCUUCAGGGCUGCAAAAUACAAGGAAGUACAAAAUCGCAUUAAACAGCACACACAAUUAAUGAAAGAAAAAAGAAAAAAGUUAAGAGGAUUACCCAAAGAAGAAAUGGAAAAAGCAAAUCAAGACCUUGAAACUGUUGAACAUUUGGAGGGGGAGCUUACUGAAUUGAAGAAGGACCUUCACAAGGAGUAUCGUUUCACCGCUUUUACAGGCGAGCUGCUCCCUACACCAGAUAAUCUCCUACCCACAAAUAUAUUUUCUAAAAUGACAUUUUAAGUGGAUGAAAGACUGUCUCUCACGCAGCAGCCUCUCACUGGCUGUUUUUCUGGGGAAUCUGUUUUUUAAAGAAACUUUAUAAAACUUCGUAUUCCCUCUUUAUUGUCGUUUAUGUUUUUACUUCAUAAAGUUAGAAUUUAUGUCCUAAGCCUUUGGAAAACCUUAUGAUGUAGUUGUAGUGUAGGUUUAAAGAUAGUGUGGUUGCAUUUUGUUCUUUCUAUCUUCUCAGAAUUAUUUUGUGAAGGUAUGUUUCAUAAUUUAAUCUGUAUUAAGUACCAAAGUUUUUUAUGUAAUUGCAUAUUGUGCUAAUUUUGGUAUAGUAACCUCAAAUAGGUUUUUUGAGAAUGGGAGAUGAUCAACUUGACAUUUCAUCACUCUUAAACCAGUGGAUCUCUUCUCCCCCUCCCCCACCAAAAAACCCUCAUUGAGAAGAUUUAGAGUGAUAUUCAUUAGCAUCUGCGUGGCUUAGCUGAGAGGCCUAUUUUCCAGAUUAAGAUAAUAUUUGGCUUCAAAGUUUCUAACCAUAUAUCAGAUUUUAUUUUUGUGCCCUCAAAAGGGAUAAAGCUUGUCACUGAACUUGGAUCCUCAAGGAUUUUGUUAUUACGGAAAUGUCAAGGCUGAUGGAAAGCUACACAUUGAACUUGAGAGCUACGGCUAGCAAACAAAUCUCACGGAUAAAAUGCAUUUGAUCAUAUUAAGCAAAUAACUUCAACCGAGACCCAUUGCUCUUGUCUUCAUGUGUGAUGUUUGGAGUCAUUUAAGGAAUGCAGAUAUUUUGCUUAAAUACCAAGAAAUCAGUGGCAAAGUGUCAAGGGUAAAGAGGCUGCUCUGAUCUCUCUGUAUUCCUUUCAAUGAUUUAUGCAACCGCCCACUCGGCAUAUAACUCAGCCUCCUUAGAUUUAAACAAUCAAAGACAGGAUGUGACUGUAGCAGCUGUAUUGCUCUUGAUACAAUAAACAGCUGGUGUUUCUUCUCUG